AUGGGGACGACAGGACUACAAUCAACGCUGUGGCUCCUCUACCUUACGCUGCUGGUCAGCGUGCUCGCUCAAACUGCAGCAAACUCAUCCCAUCUGGGCCGAGUCUGCACGACCUGGGGACAGAACCACUGGAAGACAUUUGACGGGGACUACUUCCAACUGGUUUCCACCUGCACACAUGAAGUGGUGUCACAGUGCCAGGGCUCCUUUGAAAAUUUCAACAUCCAGAUGAAACGCAAGCUGGUGGACGGCAUCUCCAGCAUUGAGCGAAUCUUAGCGAAGCUGGAAGGUUCUGUGGUUCUCAUCACAAGAUCCAUCUCGGUGAUAGAUUAUGCCGAAGACAACAAAGUGAGUGAUCCAACGGGUGUUUGCUUGGAGCCAGAACAAGCCAUUCCAGAGCUCUGCGGAAGCAAGAGUGCCUGCGAGGAAAUCUUCUCCAGAGCUCCAUUUAGCAGCUGCCAAAACCUCCUGGACAUUGAUUCCUUUGCCACCGCCUGCAUGUCUGAUCGAUGCAACAGUGACGAUUCCCUUCUGUGUAAAACAGUCUCAGAGUUCUCAAGGCAGUGCAUCCAUGCAGGUGGACAGCCUCAGCAGUGGCGGAGUCCAUCUUUUUGCCCUAAGACGUGUCCCACUGGCAUGGUGUUCAUGGAGUGCAGCAGCUCAUGUCCCAACACUUGCUCCAACCCUCAGGCCUCCCAGACUUGUGACACCCACUGUAUGGACGGUUGCAGCUGCCCUGCUGGAACUGUCUUGGAUGACAUUGGUGAAAAUGGCUGCGUAGCAGUGGAAUCCUGUCCUUGUUUGCACAGCGGCAAGGCCUACAAAUCUGGAGAGUCGUAUGAAUACAACUGCAGAUCUUGCACGUGCCAGAACGGUCGGUGGUCUUGCACUGAAAACGAUUGUCCAGCGACCUGCUCUGUGGAAGGGGGCUCCCACAUCAACACAUUUGAUGGCAAGGCCUACACAUUUCAUGGAGACUGCAGCUACAUAAUGGCACAGGUCAUCAAAGUUCAAUCGUCCGGUCAGGUCUUUGUGAACAAGAUUCUCUCUCAGCUUCCAUUGUUUACCUGCAAGUUCAGCACUUCAUGCACUCCAGGAACUGUGUAUGAGUACAGCAUGACCAGCUGUGGCCGCACUUGCUACGCUCUCAGCCAGGUGGACUACACCUUUUCUGCAGAGAAGGACGUCUUAGCUGCCAAGGACUUCAAACACAAGGACUACUGUGGCUCUGGCAGUGGAAGCUUCAGAAUUGUUACUGAAAAUGUUCGAUGUGGAACCACAGGAACGACCUGUUCCAAAACCAUCAAGAUCUACCUCGGGAGUGACGAGUAUCUCCUCAAAGACGAGACCCUUCGAGUGGUUAAGGGCAGCAGCCCCUCUCAGGUAUCCAAGAUGGGCAUUUACCUAGUGGUGGCCAUCAAACCAGGACUAGUGGUCAUGUGGGACAAGAAGACCAGUCUGUUCAUCAAACUUGGUCCACAGCAUCAGGGAAAAGUGUGCGGUCUUUGUGGAAACUAUGACGGCAAUAGCAAGAAUGACUUCACCACACGCUCCCAGGAGACAGUAGCAGAUGUUCUGGAGUUUGGUAACAGUUGGAAGGUUUCAUCUGGAUGUCCUGAUGCCAAGCUAUCAACAGAUCCCUGUACCAGCAACAGAUACCGUGCAGCAUGGUCCCAGAGGCAAUGCAGUAUCAUCACCAGUGUCACGUUUCAAGACUGUCAUUCAAAGGUGGAUCCUGGUCCAUACUAUGAUUCGUGUGUCAGAGAUUCUUGUGCUUGCGACACUGGUGGGGACUGUGAGUGUUUCUGCACAGCUGUUGCUGCCUACGCAAAAUCUUGUAAUGAAGCUGGAGCCUGUGUAAAAUGGAGAACUCCAAAGCGAUGCCCCGUGUUCUGUGACUACUAUAACUCCCCCGAUGGCUGUGAGUGGCACUACAAGCCCUGUGGUGCUGACUGCAUGAAAACCUGCAGGAAUCCCUCUGGAAAUUGUUCUGCUCUCAUCACUGGCCUGGAAGGAUGUUACCCACAGUGUCCACCAGCCCAACCUUUUUUCAAUGAGGACUCAAUGACCUGUGUUGCCUGGGAACAGUGUGGCUGUUAUGAUGAUCAGGGCACCAACUAUGGAAUUGGGGAUUAUGUACCAUCAGAAAACUGCUACAGCUGCUCGUGCAAACUAUCAGGAAUUAGUUGCGUCUAUGACGUAAACUACUGCUCUUGCUUUGUCAAUGGGAAAACUUACAAGUAUGGAGAAACCAUUUACAACACCACAGACGGCCUGGGCAGUUGCAUGGAAGCUGUCUGUGGACCUGAUGGAGUUGUUUCAAGAGACGUGUAUUCAUGUCCAAAGACUACAACGCCUCUUCCUACAACAACUCCAUUCACAUUCAGCACAGUGCCAAAGGGUGUCUGCAUCUAUAACAUGACUGAGUUUGAGCCCGGUGAGAAGAUACCAAAAGAACCAGAACCAACUCCUAGACCUCCUACGGACAACUCCUGGACCUUCAGGACCAGAACAGCCAUCUGGUACCACACUGGGAACAACUGCCCCACCAUCUGGAACAGGUCAACCCUCAGGAACAACAGUAUCCCCUCCAGGAAGUGGUCAACCAUUAGGAACAACGGCACCAGUAACCAGACCAGGUCAACCUCUUGGCACAACUGCUGGAACAACGGCACCACCCUCAGGACCUGGACAACCUUCAGCAACAACAGCAUUGACAACAGCACCGCCACAAGGACCAGGACAGCCAUCAGGCACAACACCAAGAACAACAGUGGUGUCACCAGGAACUGGUCAACCGAUUGGAACAACAUCAGGUACCAGAACACCACCAUCAGGUGUGACAACAGCACCUCCAGGACCUGGACAGCCAUCUGGGACAACUUUUGCAGGGACAACGGCACCAAUCCCGGGAACUGGUCAGCCAUCAGGGUCGACUACAGGAACAACAGCACCACCAUCUGGGCCUGGCCAACCAGUGGGAACGACAGUUGGUACAACUGGGCCUCCACCAAAACCAGGAACUCCAGCCAGUACCACUGUAAACACCACAGCGCCCCCAUCAGGACCUGCUGGAACAACAGGUUCACCACCGGGCUCUGGUCAGCCAUCAGGAACGACGCCAACAACAACAGGCCCCCCAACUGGCCCAAGUCAACCCCUGGGUACAACACCAAGAACAUCUGUACCACCACCAGGACCAGGUCAACCAUCAGGAACAACACCAAGAACGACAGGACCCCCAUCUGGACCAGAACAACCAACUCAAACAGCAGAAGGAACAACAGCUCCACCUUCUGGUCCCAGUCAACCCUCUGGCACAACAGCAGCAACGACAGCACCACCACUUGGGCAGCCUUCUGGCACAACAGCUGCUACAACAGCACCACCACCUGGAUCUGGUCAACCUUCUGUAACAACACCAAAAACAACAGGACCCAACUCUGCAACGACCGCAGCAAUUACUCUACCCCCCUCUGGACCAGGUCAGCCAUCAGGAACAACACCAAGAACAACAGGAGCACCACCAGGAUCAGAACAACCAUCUGUAACAGAAGGAACAACUGCACCCCCUCCAGGACCCGAACAACCAGCAGGAACAACACCAAAUACAACAGGACCAACCCCCCGACCUGGACAACCAACUGGCUCAACAGGAGGAACAACAGUCACACCAUCUGGUCCUGGCCAACCUUCUGGCACAACACCAUCAGGUACAACACCAACGGCAUCAGGCACUCAACAAACUAUUGCAACUACUACAGCCCCUACAGAACCAGGACAGCCAUCUGGGACAACAGUGGGAUCAACACCGCCAGGACCAGGACAACCAUCUGGAACCACAGCAGGAACAACAGCUCCACCAUCAGGGGUUAUGAAUAUGAACCUGAUCCAGUCAUGUGCUGUGGAAAGUGUGUCCAGAAGAGCUGUGUUGUUACUGCACCAGAUAAUUCUACACUCUUCAUUCGGGUCAACGAAACGUAUGUUUCCCCUGAUGAUCCAUGUGUCAAAUACACUUGUGAUAAGAUCGGUGAUACACUGAUGACGACUGAGAUUGUCAAGUCCUGUCCACCCUUCAACCCUGAUGACUGUGAACCUGGCACAGAGACGACUGAUGCUGACGGAUGCUGCAAGUCUUGCAAGCUGCGCAGUGUCUGUGAGGUAGAGACUGAAGAGAUCAUCCUGGAGACUGACAAGUGUAGAACAACUGUGCCGGUCAGCGUCACCUCCUGUGCAGGCCACUGUGGAAGCACAUCUAUAUAUUCUGCUGCAGCCAACUCCAUGAUGCACCAGUGUGAGUGUUGCCAAGAGGACGCUACCAGUCAGAGGCAGGUGGAGAUGACCUGCGAGGAUGGAACCAAGAUCCAGCACACCUACACCGUGGUGGAAUCAUGCCGCUGCACCAAAGCUGAGUGUGUGCCAGGGACCACAGCACGACCACGCCGCAGGAGACGAUGAGCACCGACAUACUGAGCGCCGUGAAUGACGACAAUGAAAGACACGCCUUAAAUCACAAUCUUUGACUCAACUUUUUAGACUUUACUUUUUGUUCUGUCAUUUUGGACAGGGUGUGAUGUCUCUCUCAAUUUUCUUUAAAAUCAUGAUUAUUAAAAUUA